GGCCAGUACUGCGACAUCUGCUCCUCUGCAAACAGCAACAAGGCCCACCCCAUUACAAAUGCCAUCGAUGGGACAGAGCGCUGGUGGCAGAGCCCCCCGCUGUCCCGGGGGCUGGAGUUCAACCAGGUCAAUGUCACCUUGGACCUCGGACAGCUCUUCCACGUAGCAUAUGUCCUCAUCAAAUUUGCCAACUCCCCUCGUCCUGACCUCUGGGUGCUGGAGAGAUCUACUGAUUUUGGCCUUACCUACGAGCCCUGGCAGUAUUUUGCCUCUUCCAAGAGGGACUGCAUUGAGAAGUUUGGACUGCAAACAGUGGAUCGUAUCACCAAGGAUGACCAUGCCAUCUGCACCACGGAAUACUCCCGGAUUGUGCCUUUAGAAAACGGGGAGAUUGUUGUCUCUCUGGUCAACGGGCGCCCAGGAGCCAUGAACUUCUCCUACUCUCCUCUCCUGAGGAACUUCACGAAAGCCACCAACAUCAGACUGCGCUUCCUGCAGACCAACACUCUGCUCGGGCACCUCAUGGGCAAAGCUUUAAGGGACCCUACGGUGACAAGGAGGUACUACUACAGCAUCAAAGAUAUCAGCAUUGGAGGGCGCUGUGUCUGCCACGGCCAUGCAGACGUCUGUGAUGCCAAAGACCCUAAUGACCCCUACAGGCUGCAAUGCGACUGCCAGCACAACACCUGCGGCGGGUCCUGCGAUCGCUGCUGCCCCGGCUUCAACCAGUUCCCGUGGAAGCCUGCCACAGCCGACAGCGCCAACGAGUGCCAGCCUUGCAAUUGCAAUGGCCAUGCCUAUGACUGCUACUACGACCCAGAGGUGGAUCGCCACAAAGCCAGCAAAAGUCGUGAAGACAAGUUUGAAGGGGGAGGUGUUUGCAUUGACUGUCAGCAUCACACCACCGGCAUAAACUGCGAGAGGUGCAUCCCAGGAUACUAUCGGUCCCCUGACCACCCCAUUGACUCUCCAUAUAUUUGCUAUCGGUGUAACUGUGAGUCUGACUUCACCGAUGGUACCUGUGAGGACCUCACCGGCCGCUGUUACUGCAAACCCAAUUACACCGGGGAGCACUGUGACGCCUGCGCCGAGGGGUACCUCGACUUUCCUCACUGCUACCCCAUUCCAGCUUUCACUCACAACGACACUGGAGAACAAGUGCUUCCUGCAGGACAGAUAAUAAACUGUGACUGCUACGCCGGUGGGACUGAAGGCAACGCCUGUCGCAAAGACCCUCAGGUGGGGAUGUGCGUGUGCAAACCCAACUUCCAGGGCACACACUGUGACCAGUGCUCCCCAGGCCACUACGGACCCGGCUGCCAGCCUUGCCAGUGCUCCGGCCCCGGUCAGUACGAUGGCACCUGCGACAGCGAGACAGGGCAGUGUCUGUGUCGAACGGGAUUUGAAGGGCACUUGUGUAACCAGUGCGCUCCCGGCUACUUCAAUUACCCUCUGUGCCAGCUAUGUGGCUGCAGCGCGGUUGGGACCCUGCCAGGAGGCUGUGACUCUGAUGGGAAUUGCUUCUGCAGACCCGAGUUUGCUGGGCCACGGUGCGAGCAGUGCAGCCCUGGGUACCACUCCUACCCCCACUGCUAUGCUUGCUCCUGUGAUUCCCGGGGUGCAGUGGACAACAACUGCAGCCCUGCUGGCCAGUGCCGAUGCCACAUGAACUUUGCAGGACAUACCUGCAGCCAGUGUGCCCUGGGCUUCUACGGGUACCCCAGCUGCACACCUUGCCAGUGCUCCCGGGAGGGCUCCCUGCACAGCACCUGCAACCAGGACACAGGGCAGUGCAGCUGCCGGCCCAGGGUGACGGGGCUGCGCUGCGAUAGCUGCCUGCCGGGCGCCUAUGGAUUUCCACACUGUGAAGUGGGCUCCUGUAACCCAGCAGGGUUAGUGACUGCAGAUCCCUCGCUGGCCCCGGGCUCCUGUGCGUGUCGGGCAUACGUUGAAGGCCCAGCUUGUGACAGAUGCAAGCCCUUAUACUGGAACCUGACUCCAGAGAACCCUUACGGCUGCCUGAGCUGCAAGUGUGAGACCAGGGGCACCAUCAGUGGCAUCGCAGAGUGCCAGCAGGGUGAUGGGCAGUGUUUCUGCAAGCCAAAUGUCUGCGGCCAGUUCUGCUCGACGUGCAAAGACGGCUACUUCAACAUGGAGAAUGCAAACUACUUUGGCUGCCAAG